UCUCAUCAUCUUCUCUUAUUCUCUUCAUACCAAACAUGACUUUCAACGUUCUUCUCGAGGCUUUCUUCAAGGAUUGCGAGCACAAGUGUGUCGAGGCCAAGCUUUCCACCUUCAUUGCCAACAACGUUGGUGCCCUUGUAUGUUCCGAGAACAUUGUCUACGCCAAUGAGGAGGAUAUGAAGAGACGAUGGGUCAACCUCUUCACCACUGCAUCUGCAAAUGCCGAUGUCACUGCUGUCAUUGACAGAAACAGAGUUCUCUGGUGCGAGAUCUGGAAGACUCACGCUGAGUUGGAGUUGGCCAAGUCCAAGUUUGCCGCCAAGUACCUUGCCAUGAUCCCUACUCACCAUCACCACCACGACUGCAGACGCUGCCCUUAAUUCUGUUUUUUUUUAAACAAAAACAAAAACAAAAACAAAAACAAAAAUUUGUAACUCUCUCUCUUUCCCCCUUUCCCUCUAUCAUUGUACUUCCUUUUUAGUGAAUUAAAUCACAAAUAAAUCAUAGCAUUGUCUAAAUAUCCAAAACCAAAAAAAAAAAA